AUGAAUGAAUGUUUACUUCAAAAAGAAAUUCAAAAUAGUUUAAAAAUUCAAAUGUCAAAAGAUAGUAAGUUUAAUCGAACGAUAGGAAAAAUUGGAAAAUAUUUAAAUUUAUUAAGACAUGAAGUUAUUUAUUUAUUUGCUGCACUACUUUCAUUAUAUCUUUUGAUAGGUCAAUCAGCUUUGCUAAUCUCAAGAUUAAUGACAGUUUCUCUUCCAUUGUACUAUUUUUUUUGUAACAUAAAGAAAAAAGAAAAAUAUGAAACUGGAAGACUCUUAAUUUAUUGGCCUUUUUAUGCUUUUUUGCAUGUAUUGGAUUAUUUUUUAAUCCAUAUUGAAAACAAAAUUCCUUGUUAUGUAUUUUUAAAAACAAUUUUUCUUAUUUACCUUUCCUCAGAAUGGAGUAGAGGUUCAGUUAGAAUUUACAGAUCAUACAUCAAACCAUUUCUUCCCAUUAGUAAAUAUUCAAUGGUCAACGGACGAUUUUCUUCUACAUUCUAA